AGGCGGCGCGAGGCGGCCGGCAUGGAGCUCUCUGAGGAGAGGCAGGGACCCGUGUGCCGCCUCGCGACCGCAGUGGCAGCUCCAAUUACCUCAAGCCGCCGCUCCCUGCUCUGGGUCCCCGGCCCCUAGACGCCUCUUCCUGAGUUUGUCCUUCCUUUAAUGGAUUCAUUUCAGGCUGAACAGAUGCCGAGCUUGCCCGCUGAGCUCGCGAGCAACAACUUAGAGCUGGCGGAGCCGGCGGCAUCAGUGACCCGUGUAGAUUCGGGCCAUCCGGAGGCGACUACAGAAGGUCUAGCACCUCUACCGACGCGGGAGCCGGAGCAGCCUCCUCCGGCCUCGACGACGGAGUGUAAAGUCCUGCUCACACAGGCAGACGCCCUGGCGUCCGGGGGGCGCCUCCGGGAAGCCCUCGAGGUAUACCGACAGCUGUCGGAGCGGCAGCAGCUGGUGGCCGAGCAACUGCAGCAGCUGGUGCGCUGCCUGGCUGAGAACAUCCCGCCGGGAGAGGCGCCGGCGCCAGUGCCCACGGUCGGGGGCAGCGCAGCGAGCUGUGUGGUGGGGGCGGAAGAGGCAGGGGUGGCCACCGCCGCCGAGGCCACCGAGUUAUGGGAUGGCUUCAAGUGCCGGAAGUGUCAUGGGUUUCUGUGGGACCCCGUGUCCUUGUCGUGCGGCCACACCUUUUGUAAAGUGUGCCUGGAACGCGGCCGGGCAGCCGACAGGCGCUGUGCGUUGUGCGGGGUCAAGCUCUCCACGUUGAUGGUGGCCGCCGGGCGGGCGCGCGGAGCCCGGCGGGCUGGGCAGCAGGCGCCGCCGCCGCCGCUGCGGGUCAAUGUGGUGCUCAGCGGUCUCCUCGGCAAGUUGUUCCCUGCUCGAGCUCGGGCGUCGCAACUCCGGCACGAGGGCAACCGGCUGUACCGCGAGCGCCAGGUGGAGGCGGCACUACUCAAGUACAACGAAGCGGUUAAACUAGCACCAAAUGACCAUUUACUUUAUAGCAACCGGUCACAAAUUCAUUUCACCUUGGAGUCGCAUGAGGAUGCACUGCAUGAUGCAGAAAUAGCAUGUAAGCUCCGCCCAAUGGGCUUUAAGGCACACUUCAGAAAGGCGCAAGCCUUGGCCACCCUAGGCAAGGUGGAGGAAGCACUAAGAGAGUUUCUAUACUGCGUUUCACUGGAUGGAAAGAGCAGGAGAGCAAGAUCUGAAGCCCAAAGGCUUCUCCUUAGUUUCUUUUCACCAUCAGUCCCGGGGCAGUCUCAGGAACAUUCUCCCGAUAUCCUGAAGCUGUUGGCACCUCAGCUUAGAUUAAAGGAACAAGUAGAGUCAUUGGCUACUGAAGGCGACAGCCAUAAUCUACCAAAGUUGUCACAGGAAAACGAGGAACUCCCCCAUUGUUCUAGACAGGAGGAAGGAGCAGCCAGUGGGGACUGCAACAUCCAGAUGAAUCCUGCGGAAGUAAAGGGGCAUGGGCAGCAAGGCACCAUGAAAGACCAGGAAGAAGAGGAGGAGAAGGAUUACCCUGCCUCUCCAGAAGCUGCCUCCAGCCAGACUGGCAAAAGCCAGGAAAAGAAAAGGAAACAUUUUCAAGUUGAAUCCAAAGACCCAGAUGUUCCUACUAAAGUCUGUAAGCCAGAAUCUCCUGCUGAUUUGGGGGACUUGCCUGCUGUCAGUAUUCCACUCCCAUCUUUUGACGCAACCGACCUUGAAUGUGCCCUAUGUAUGAGAUUAUUCUAUGAGCCAGUCACAACACCGUGUGGACACACAUUUUGUUUGAAAUGUCUUGAGAGAUGCCUAGACCACAAUGCGAAAUGUCCACUGUGCAAAGAUGGUCUUUCUCAGUGCUUGGCAUCAAGAAAGUACAGCAAAAAUAUUAUAAUGGAAGAGCUAAUAGCCAAAUUCCUUCCAGAAGAACUCAGUGAACGAAAGAGGCUUUAUGAAGAAGAAAUGGAAGAACUUUCUAACUUAAAUAAGAAUGUGCCUAUUUUCGUGUGUACUAUGGCCUAUCCCACCGUUCCUUGUCCCCUACAUAUAUUUGAGCCUUGCUACCGUCUGAUGAUUCGUAGAUGCAUUGAGACAGGCACAAGACAGUUCGGCAUGUGCCUUGGAGAUCCCGUCAAGGGGUUUGCAGAAUAUGGCUGCAUUCUAGAGAUCAGAAAUGUCCAGUUCUUUGCCGAUGGCCGCUCAGUGAUUGACAGCGUAGGCAAGAGGCGCUUCAGGGUCCUUCGUCAGGGCCAGCGGGAUGGCUACAACACAGCCGAUAUUGAAUACAUUGAAGACCAAAAGGUUCUAGGAGAGGAUUGUGCUGAACUCAUGGGAUUACAUAACUGUGUCUAUGAACAAGCAUCAUCAUGGUUUCAUUCGCUCAAAAAUUCUCUUAGGAAUCGGAUAAUCAAUCACUUUGGUCCAAUGCCAGACAAAGAUGCGGAUCCUCAGAUUAAUCCAAAUGGUCCAGCCUGGUGCUGGUGGAUAUUAGCAGUUCUGCCGCUCGAAAGCCGUGCUCAGCUUCCGUUCCUAGCAAUGAGGUCCUUGAAGGAUAGACUGAAUGGUAUUCGGCGCAUCCUCGCCUUUAUAGCACGAAACCAAAACUAGUGAGAGUGAAUUGAUGAAAAGGAAAUUUCACCCUCUCUACUGCCUAGGGGAGUCAUCUUGUAAAUAUAUCAAAUUGCAAUAACAUCUUAACUGAAGGAAGUAUCAAAUAGAGGCAUUACCUUGCUGUUGAUUAUAGAGAGAAAUUCAGUUGAAAGACCAAAGAAUGUGACCUGUUAGAAGCUUCCUGUGUUGAGAUACUACUUGACAUGCUGCACAACUAUAGCCACAGCAGAGGUGUUCAAGAGCCCAGAAAAAAAUUGCUUUUGACAUAAAAUUUUCUGAAAGUUUAAAGUGAUUUUGCUUUAAUUCUCUUUCUUUCAUCAGUGAAUGACUGUGUGAUUGAAAUGUGAAGCAAAGAUAGUAAUAAUCUUGCUGCAUUAUUUCACUGACUUGAGGUCCUAUUCCAAAUAGUUCAGGUUUUAUAAAGCAUUGUAUAAAAUAAUAUUUAUACUCCUUUCUGUUUUAAUAAUUUAUUUUUUGCACUACUGUAUCCUUUUUUUCUACAUGUAUGUUUGUAACUAUUUAAGUGUGCAUUACUGAAUUCACUUGCUUUAUUUAUUGAUGUAGUUAACCAUGUAACUAGAAGGAAGUAACAAUACUAGAAAUGUGCCAUUUUUGCUUUAACCAUUUUUUACUAGGUUUGAUCCCAGUUCUUGAACUAUUUUUGUAUCUCUCUAGUUGGAUGCUUAAAGGAACACUAUAAAAUACUUAAGGGAUUUGCCAUAGAUUGUAGAAUAAGCCAGGAUAAAGUAAAACCAUCCAUUUUCUAUGUGUUACACAGAGCAAGGCUUAAGGAAUUAUUUUUCUAGAAUGAAGCAAUGAAUCAGAAGAGUGUCCUUUAUUGCAGGCUAUUAUAGGCAUUUAUCUGGGCAAUCUAAUUCUGUGUUUCUUAUCUCUCCCCAGUUCAGUUAGGAAUGGGCUUUUUAGGCAAGAUAAUAUUUAACCCUUCUGAGGGAAUGGUUUUCAGUUAGGAAUGUCACAGUGAGGCCAACUAGCCUCCAUACCCUGCCUCUUUUCAGGGUUCUGAGGGUCACAGCCUGGCCAGCAUGUGUGGAAAUACUUGAUGAAGGACUGUCCAUUAUGGAAAGUGCAAAGAAGCUGGUAGAAAAGGAUUUUCUUUCCUCCAAAUCUGUGCAAAGAAAAGUUUCAGCUCAUCUAAGUUGCAAUAACAAUGUAAUAUAGACAGUCUCUGUAAAAGCUGUUUAUUCAUUAAAAAAUGUUUUCUAUUGUC